GUCAAUUCCUUUGAGAAUAUUGUUCUGAUGCUGUUCUUCAGUAACUCGGCUGCCUCUGCCUGCCUAUUCAGCACUUACCAGUUAACAAGAAGCUCUUUCUGGCUCCCGAACGAAGUUCUCUGAGGCCAACAGCAGCCGUCGAUGUUCACGGAAUUCAGGCAGGCAGCCAAAUGAGUGGGAAUUGGGUGUAUCCAGGCCAGAUCCUAUUUUGGGCUAUCUGGGUCCUUGUAGCCCCCACCAAGGGGCCUUCUGCUGAAGGGCCACAGAGGAACACCAGGCUGGGAUGGAUUCAGAGCAAGCAAGUCACCGUGCUGGGAAGCCCUGUGCCUGUGAAUGUGUUCCUCGGAGUCCCCUUUGCUGCUCCCCCGCUGGGACCCCUGCGAUUUACGAACCCUCAGCCUGCAUCGCCCUGGGAUAACUUGUGAGAAGCCACCUCCUACCCUAAUUUGUGCCUCCAGAACUCAGAGUGGCUGCGCUUAGAUCAACACAUGCUCAAGGUGCAUUACCCCAAUAUUGGCGCGUCAGAAGACUGCCUGUACCUGAACAUCUAUGCGCCUGCCCACGCCGAUGCAGGCCCCAAACUCCCCAUCUUGGUAUGGUUCCCAAGGGGUGCCUUCAAGACUGGCUCAGCCUCCAUCUUCGACGGGUCCACCCUGGCUGCCUAUGAGGACAUGCUGGUUGUGGUCGUCCAGUACCGGCUGGGAAUAUUUGGCUUCUUCACCACAUGGGAUCAGCACGUGCCGGGGAACUGGGCCUUCAAGGACCAGGUGGCUGCUCUGUCCUGGGUCCAGAAGAACAUCGAGUUCUUUGGUGGGGACCCCAGCUCUGUGACCAUCUUUGGUGAGUCUGCGGGAGCCAUAAGUGUUUCUAGCCUUAUACUGUCUCCCAUGGCCGAAGGCUUAUUCCACAAAGCUGUCAUGGAGAGUGGGGUGGCCAUCAUCCCUUACCUGAAGGCCCAUGACUAUGAGAAGAGUGAGGACCUGUAGGUGGUUGCACAUUUUUGUGGGAACAAUGCGUCAGACUCUGAGGACCUGCUGAGGUGCCUGAGGACAAAAUCCUCCUGACCCUCAUCCAGAUUUUGUGAACAGAAAUUGCUGAUGAUUUUUUUUUCUUCCUUAUUGCAGAAAACAAAGCCUUUCACUCGAGUGGUUGAUGGUGCUUUCUUUCCUAAUGAGCCUCUAGGUCUAUUGUCUCAGAAAGCAUUUAAAGCAAUUCCUUCCAUCAUCGGAGUCAAUAACCCUGAGUGUGGCUUCCCGCUGCCUAUGAACGAGGCUCCUGAGAUCCUCAGUGGCUCCAACAAGUCCCUUGCCCUCCAUCUGAUACAAAACAUCCUGCUGAGUAAUCACAUCCCGCCUCAGUAUUUGUACCUUGUGGCUAAUGAAUACUUCCAUGACAAGCACUCCCUGACUGAAAUCCGAGACGGUCUUCUGGACUUGCUUGGAGAUGUGUUCUUUGUGGUCCCUGCACUGAUCACAGCUCGAUAUCACCGAGAUGCUGGUGCACCUGUCUACUUCUAUGAGUUUCGGCACCGGCCCCAGUGCUUUGAAGACACGAAGCCAGCUUUUGUCAAAGCCGACCACGCUGAUGAAGUCCGCUUUGUGUUCGGUGGUGCCUUCCUGAAGGGUGACAUUGUUAUGUUCGAAGGAGCCACGGAGGAGGAGAAGUUGCUGAGCCGGAAGAUGAUGAAAUACUGGGCUACCUUUGCUCGAACCGGGUCAGUGAACCUCCCAGUCUCCCCCAUGCCAAGGCCUGGGGUGUGAGGAGGAAAAUCUCACCCCUGUUUCUGCUCUCCCUUCCAGGAAUCCCAAUGGGGACGACUUGCCUUUGUGGCCAGCCUAUAAUCUGACCGAGCAGUACCUGCAACCAGACUUGAACAUGAGCCUCGGACAGAGACUCAAAGAACCGCGGGUGGAGUUUUGGACCAGCACCAUCCCCCUGAUCCUGUCUGUCUCCGACACGCUCCGGAGUCCUCUUUUCUCCUUAAUUUUCCUCUCUCUCCUCCAGCCUUUCUUUUUCUCUGGUGUUCCUUGGGAAGUUAUCUUUCUGUGAUUUUGGUUUCCCUUCUCCUCCUACAUUUUUUCCCUGCAAUCAUUAGCUUCCUUCUGAGUUCAGCUACGUUCUGUGGGGAUCUUUGCAGAACAAGCUGCUUUUGCUGAUAUUUUAUGGACUUAGGAAUGAUCCUUAUGGAAUUAUUUUCAACAUGAAAAAGUGCAAAUUGUCUUGAAAGACAGCAAGAUUUCUUCAAUAAAUUUGGAGGAGGGCUGAUUUUAUAACUCAUAUGAAAUAAAAUCGAAUGUAAAAUAUG